AUAAUGCAAGUUUCACUCCCUGAGCACUACUCAAAUUGUUUAUAUAUACAAGCUUUCUAUUCACACAUGGAUGCAUAUUCCCUGCAUCUUUUUUCCAAUUUCUCUCACAAAAAUGUCUCAGGGAGGAGUGCGCCGCCACCAAAGGAGGCUAUCUCAGUCGGUUUUCGACUUCCCGGACGACGUUCUGCAACCACCUCCCGUGGCGGACAAUGACAGUUCCGACAAGGAAUUGAGGAAUGCAAACUCGGCGUCUAAGGUACCAGAACAACAACAUAGUACACGUCCAACGUUAGACGCUUCCACACAUUUGAAAGAGAAAGGUGUAGCUUCUUCCUUACCACCAACGUCACAAAAGAAGUCGUAACGCUAGCUGGAAAAUACACAUGCUAGCUAGCUUAAGUUGGGAAAUUAAAAGUGUGUAACAAAUGGUCUCUUUCUCUAGCUUCUUGUUACUUUUAUUUCGUGUUGUAGUGUCAUGUUAAUUUCUAGUUCGAUGAUGUGAAAUAAAGUAUCGUAUUGGCAACCACAAUUUUCGUU